AGCCCAAUGCAAGAAGGCACCAGACCUACCAUGCUAAUGCGUUCCCACUAGAAAACACAACCACACGGUACAUGGAAAACAUGAGGUGUGGCUAACAUUUGCAAGCUUGAGCUAGCUACCAAGCACAGAGUACAUCCUCCAAAUGGCAUUGAGAAAUAGUGCAUUGUGGGAAGUUUAGAAUAUAUCUGGAUAAGUGAAUAAAUAUGUAAAGACGCAAAAACAUAACUGUUUGUGCUUAUAGGUAACCAGUUACUAAUGCUUCAACCACACUGUUUUGUUACACUGGUGAGUAAAAACGAAUGCUUUCUACACUUUAACCUGUUGUCUGAAGAUAAAAUGUACAUUUUACUCAACUUCGUUACCCACUCCAGUCAGCAGAUGGCGGUGUGGGAAUUUACGGUUAUGCUGUUGGUGUGACGAAUAUUCUAGUGGACGGAACGCUUCUUUCAACAGCAGCAAAAGUUAGCCAGACACCUCUGUAGCUUGCUAGACAAAAUAGCCGAACCAAUAAAGCUCUUUAGACGCUUUCAUAUAUAUUAACCACUGUGUUCUAAACCCUCUUCCGUCGUCUAGUUAGUUAUCCGAUUGAAUUUAAUAUUUACGGUGUUGUUAUUAGUCAGCUAGCGGGGCUGGUUAAAUUCGCAUUAGCCUAGCUAGCUAACAUCCCCGACCAUGAGUUUACGAAGGUACUCUCCUAAGAAAGAAGAGGAGGUCUGCUGGACGGAGAAAGAGGGUCUGUGGCUGAACGUUGUCGUGAAAGAGGAGGAAGAGGAUGUCAAAAUACAAAAACAAGUAGAGAGUGAGGCUGUUACAGUGAAAGAAGAAGAGAAAGACCUUUCAGUGAAAGAGGAGGAAGACGCAUUCAGAGUGAAAGAGGAGGAAGAUGUUACAGUAAAAGUAGAAGAGGAUGAGGAAGAUGCCGUUUUUGAAGUUAAAGCGGUGGAGGGGGAGAUGACUGUCACAUCGAGAAAUGAGGAGGAAGAAGAGGAUGAAACUGGAUAUCUGGGCCAUAAGAUGGUUUUGAGAAACCGGGCCCUGAUGAACACUAGACAGAUACGGGACAAUCGUGGAUCCUCUGGGGAGCCUCAACAACAUCAUGAUGCUGAUGAGGCAGAGAAGAGUCUCUCCACAUCAGAACUCCUCAAGAAACACCUGCAGAGACCCACAGGGAAGAAAUCUCACUGCUGCUCUGACUGUGGGAAAAUAUUAAACUCCUCAGUAAAACUUAAAAUACAUCAAAGAAUUCACACUGAAGAGAAACCUUUUGGCUGUACCAAAUGUGGGAAGAGUUUUGUUCGUUCUAGCUGUCUGAAGAGACACCAGAGAACACACACAGGAGAGAAACCUUUUAGCUGUAAUCAAUGUGGAAAGAGCUUUACCCAGUCAAGAAGCCUGAUAUCACAUCAGAGAACACACACAGGAGAGAAACGAGAGAAACCAUAUAGCUGUACUCAAUGUGGGAAGAGUUUUGUUCUCUCUAGCUGUCUGAAGAGACACCAGAGAACACACACAGGAGAGAAAUAUUUUAGCUGUACUCAAUGUGGGAAGAAUUUUGUUGAUUCUUGGUGUCUGAAGAGACACCAGAGAACACACACAGGAGAGAAACCUUUUAGCUGUACUCAGUGUGGAAAGAGGUUUACCCAGUCAAGAAACCUGAUAUCACAUCAGAGAAAUCACACAGGAGAGAAACGAGAGAAGCCAUAUAGCUGUACUCAAUGUGGGAAGAGUUUUGUUUGUUCUAGCAAGCUGAAGGUACACCAUAGAACACACACAGGAGAGAAACCUUUUAGCUGUAAUCAAUGUGGAGAGAGUUUUAUUAUAUCUAGCCAGCUGAAGGUACACCAUAGAAUACACACAGGAGAGAAUCCUUUUAGCUGUAAUCAAUGUGGAAAGAGUUUUAAUAUAUCUAGCCAGCUGAAGGUACACCAGAGAACACACACAGGAGAGAAACCUUAUAGCUGUGAUCAAUGUGGGAAGAGUUUUACAACAUCUAGCAAUCUGAUUAUGCACCAGAGAACACACACAGGAGAGAAACCUUUCAGCUGUGAUCAGUGUGAAAUGAGAUACCCUCGUAAAAGAUCUCUGAUCAAACAUCAGAAAAUACAUACAUGAAGUAGUUGUUUCAUGACAUUAGUGAAAUAAUGUAGAAUGUUGUAACAUAAUAGUAGGAGUAUUUUAAUGAUGUCACAAUGUCGAACCCUAAAUGUCUACCCCUGUUCUAUUGAUUUUAACAUGAUAUGGAUAUUAGCAUCAGGGGAAAGAUCCAGGCUCUGAAUUGAAAGAGUACUAUUUAUGUGAUUUAAUGCAACACUUCAAAAUGUAGAUAACUGUUUUCUACAAGUUGUCCCAUAACCAGUGAUGUACACAUAAUUUGCAGAUUCCGUGUGGUUUCUGAGCUGUUCGAUUUAGCGUUUUUGGUGCUUGUGCAGUUUGUAAGGUGCUUGUUUAAAUAAAUACUUAAUAUGAUUAUUGUGGCAGAUGUUUGUGUAUUUAGCACAUUUUAUGUUUAGGUUUUCAAUUUAUCACACACCUUUUCUGGAUUUGGACUAUUGAUUUGGACAACUUUAAACUGUGACAUUGGGGAUAUCCCACCUAGCAAAAUGUUGGUGAAAAUAAGACUGCCCAAUGUACAAUAUAAGUUGUAGUUGAAAGUGAAAUUUGACAAGAAAUCUAUUUAAAAUCAACGUACUUGCAUCCUAUACACAUGGACACAGUAUUUUGAAUUGAGUCUAUAAGCAGUUUUAGGGACAGGAGUCCCGCUAGUUAUACACAUGGACCCAGUAUAAUGAAUUGAGUCUAUAAUCAGUUUUAGGGACAGUAGUCCUGGUAGUCAUGGUAAUAAUGGAUCCGCUAGCUACGAAAUGCACGAGGGGAGAGUGGAUGGAAAGGUGAUGCGCUUACAGCAGCAAUAGCAGCGGCUAUUGCUCUGUGUAUAUGUUGUCAAUGCUGUGAUGUUCACAUUGGUGCGCAAGGCUUGUGUUAUUCUAUGUCACUGUACAGUAAACUAUAUCACACCCAUUA